UAUCUCCAGUGUCAAACUUGACAUCAGCCUGCGAGCGGAGCAUGGUAACUUCUCCUGCAAUCAGAGCGCUCCCCCUCACAUCAGUGGCAUGCUUCGUGGAGAUAUGCUCCUCUCACUGCCGGGUGCCCCAGCAACAUGGAUUGUCACCUCUCCAUCCUCGUCCUGCUCGGCUGCUGCGUCCUCAGCUGCUCCGGGGAACUGAGCCCACAGCCUUCCAACGAAGUUAAUCUACUAGAUUCAAAAACAAUUCAAGGCGAACUGGGCUGGAUCUCCUACCCAUCGCACGGGUGGGAAGAGAUCAGUGGCGUGGAUGAACAUUACACACCCAUCAGGACAUACCAGGUUUGCAAUGUCAUGGAUCACAGCCAAAAUAAUUGGCUGAGGACAAACUGGGUACCCAGAAACUCAGCUCAGAAGAUCUAUGUGGAGCUAAAGUUCACACUUCGGGACUGCAACAGCAUUCCAUUGGUUUUGGGGACUUGCAAGGAGACCUUUAACCUUUACUACAUGGAGUCUGAUGAUGAUCACGGUGUCAAAUUCCGAGAACAUCAGUUUACAAAGAUUGACACCAUUGCCGCUGAUGAAAGUUUCACUCAGAUGGAUCUCGGGGACCGCAUCCUGAAACUCAACACUGAGAUUAGAGAAGUGGGACCAGUCAACAAAAAGGGGUUUUAUUUGGCUUUUCAAGAUGUUGGUGCUUGUGUUGCGUUGGUGUCUGUGAGAGUGUACUUUAAAAAGUGCCCAUUUACAGUGAAGAAUCUGGCUAUGUUUCCAGACACAGUGCCCAUGGACUCCCAGUCCUUGGUGGAGGUGAGGGGCUCCUGUGUCAAUAAUUCCAAGGAGGAAGAUCCUCCCAGGAUGUACUGCAGUACAGAAGGUGAAUGGCUUGUCCCCAUCGGCAAAUGCACGUGCAAUGCUGGGUAUGAAGAACGAGGUUUCACAUGCCAAGCUUGUCGACCAGGCUUCUACAAGGCUUCAGAUGGUAUUGCCAAGUGUGCUAAGUGCCCACCACACAGCUCAACACAAGAAGAUGGUUCAAUGAACUGCAGGUGUGAGAAUAAUUAUUUCCGGGCAGACAAAGACCCUCCAUCCAUGGCUUGUACCCGACCUCCUUCCCCACCAAGAAAUGUUAUCUCUAACAUAAAUGAGACCUCAGUUAUCCUGGACUGGAGCUGGCCCCUGGACACAGGGGGCCGGAAGGAUAUUACCUUCAACAUCAUAUGUAAAAAAUGUGGGUGGAAUAUCAGGCAGUGCGAGCCUUGCAGCCCCCACGUCCGCUUCCUCCCUCGGCAGCUCGGACUGACCAACACCACGGUGACAGUGACAGACCUCCUGGCACACACUAACUACACCUUUGAGAUCGAUGCCAUUAAUGGGGUGUCAGAGCUGAGUUCAACACCGAGACAGUUUGCUGCAGUGAGCAUCACAACCAAUCAAGCUGCUCCAUCACCUGUCGUGACAAUUAAGAAAGAUCGGACCUCCAGAAACAGUAUCUCUUUAUCUUGGCAAGAACCUGAACAUCCAAAUGGAAUUAUACUGGACUAUGAGGUCAAAUACUAUGAAAAGCAGGAACAAGAGACGAGUUAUACCAUUUUGAGGGCACGAGGCACAAAUGUUACUAUCAGUAGCCUCAAGCCAGAUACUACUUAUGUAUUCCAAAUCCGAGCCCGGACAGCAGCGGGAUAUGGAACCAACAGCCGCAAGUUUGAGUUUGAAACUAGUCCGGACUCUUUCUCCAUCUCUGGUGAGAAUAGCCACGUGGUGAUGAUUGCUAUUUCAGCAGCAGUGGCCAUCAUUGUCCUCACUGUUGUCAUUUAUGUUUUGAUUGGGAGGUUCUGUGGCUAUCACAAGUCAAAGAACAGUUCUGAUGAGAAGCGCCUUCACUUCGGGAAUGGGCACUUAAAGCUUCCAGGUCUUAGGACAUAUGUUGACCCACAUACAUAUGAGGACCCUACUCAAGCAGUACACGAGUUUGCAAAGGAGUUGGAUGCCACCAACAUAUCUAUCGACAAAGUUGUUGGAGCAGGUGAAUUUGGGGAAGUGUGCAGUGGCCGUUUAAAACUUCCUUCCAAAAAAGAGAUUUCAGUGGCCAUCAAGACCCUGAAAGUAGGCUACACAGAGAAGCAGAGGAGAGACUUCCUGGGAGAAGCGAGCAUCAUGGGACAGUUUGACCACCCCAACAUCAUCCGACUGGAGGGAGUUGUUACUAAAAGUAAGCCAGUGAUGAUUGUGACAGAAUACAUGGAAAAUGGCUCCUUGGACAGUUUCUUACGUAAACACGACGCCCAAUUCACAGUCAUCCAGCUGGUGGGGAUGCUCCGUGGGAUAGCGUCAGGGAUGAAGUACCUUUCAGAUAUGGGCUAUGUGCACCGAGACCUUGCUGCUCGGAACAUCUUGAUCAACAGCAACUUGGUGUGUAAGGUGUCUGACUUUGGACUCUCACGGGUGCUCGAAGAUGACCCAGAAGCUGCCUACACAACCAGGGGAGGAAAGAUACCAAUACGGUGGACCUCACCAGAAGCAAUUGCCUACCGCAAGUUCACAUCAGCCAGCGAUGUGUGGAGUUACGGGAUUGUUCUCUGGGAAGUGAUGUCUUACGGAGAAAGGCCAUAUUGGGAGAUGUCCAAUCAGGAUGUGAUUAGAGCAGUGGAUGAAGGCUAUCGCCUGCCGCCUCCCAUGGACUGCCCAGCUGCCUUAUAUCAGCUGAUGCUGGACUGUUGGCAGAAAGACAGGAACAACAGACCCAAGUUUGAGCAGAUUGUCAGCAUUCUGGACAAACUCAUCCGGAAUCCAAGCAGUCUGAAGAUCAUCACCAGUGCAGCAGCAAGGCCAUCAAAUCUUCUUCUGGACCAAAGCAAUGUUGACAUCACUAGCUUCCACACAACUGGUGAUUGGGUUAAUGGUGUCCGGACAGCACACUGUAAGGAAAUCUUCACCGGUGUGGAAUACAGCUCCUGUGACACCAUCGCCAAGAUCUCCACAGAUGACAUGAAAAAGGUUGGUGUUACUGUGGUUGGGCCACAGAAGAAGAUCAUCAGCAGCAUUAAAGCCCUAGAAACACAAUCUAAGAAUGGUCCCGUUCCAGUGUAAAGUACUAGAUGGAUUUGAGAAAUGGGGAAGAUGUGGCAUCCUCCUGCAAACAGUUGGAGAUGAAGAGACACUGGCGAGAGCUCCCAAUCUAAUAAGACACUCAGUUAUGAGUCCAAAUGCCUUAAAAUUGAAUUGAAAAUCUCCUUAUUUUCCCCUAUCAUUUUACAGAUGGGUGGGUGUGUGCAUUUUGUUUUGUAAUUGCUUUUUUAUGUUAAUUGAUGGGGUCAAUUAAAAUUCUUCAGCUCAAAAUGGAAGAACUAGCAGAGAGCCAUUGAUCAUAAACUAUCAUGGAAGUAAACCAAGUAAACUAGCAAAAUGGACCUGACAGCUUUGUCAUGAAUGGCCACAGAAAAAAAAAGAAAAAGAAAAAGACUUGUGAUAUUUUUAUACACAGAAGAAAUCUGUAACAGGUAUUUUGUUUCUUUAAAAGCAAGCAAAAUAGAGGCAUUUAUACCUCAAACUAUCUGGCCAUAUUUACUACCUUAUCACGUUAGUAUUCUCUUUUAUCUGUUUGAAGCAUAUAGAGAUGAAGUUUGUAGUUGUUUUAAAUACUAUACAUUUUUACUUGUUACCUUCCUUAAGCAUACUGUGUAAAAACAUGCCUUGAUUUUUGGGGGAAAGCGCCUAUUUAUUUUCUUUCUUUGGAUGGUUUUUAUUGCUUUGUAUUUAUUCCUUGAUGACUUAAUUUGAGUUUUGUUACAGCCAAGUGCCAAAUGCUAUCGCAAAUUGUCAACAGUAAGAACCAUGUUUAAAUCGACCCAGAGAAGGAUGUGUUCCUAAAACUGUUGAACAAUCCAGUUACAUGAACCAACAAAGUGAAACGCGUUCCCUGUUCAUACAGUAAUCAAAUCAUCCCGGCCUGAAUUAUCCCAUUCAUGUUUGUCUCUCCAUUUAUCAGUAACUGUGUGCUCCUAAUUUAGUGUAAAAUACUGGCUUGUAUGUAUUGUUUUUUUUUUUUUUUUUUUUUUUUUUUUUUUUUUUUUUUUUUUUUUUUUUUUACCAGAUGUCAUACCUUUCUUACUCUGGUGCUUUAAAGACAUCAACUCCUUUCAUUCAUGAAGGAAACUUGUUAGAGCUCCAUAACUUUGCAAAACUCGAAAGAUCAAAAUGAAGUUAGGUGGUUACAUUAAUUGAUAGCAGCCUAUUGGUAAAUGCAUCUUACACCACACACACACACACACAUAAACACACACACACACACACCACUGACUUUGAAAAGUCUCUUAUUAUCAUUGCUUAAACUUGAAAAACUCCUUGUAGAGAAUGAUGAUAACUGAGCUACUUACUCAUUUGCAUCACUGGGGUGUAGGUCAAUUAGUUACACAUUUUCAUCAUCAGUAUCAGGUACAGCUAUCUUUGAGUCUUCCAUGUCAAUGUACCUAUUGCAAUUUGGGUGCAUGAUUAGAAGUCCUGAACUUCUGAAGAUGUUAUUAAACAUAUCAUUCUUGAAAUAUCAUCUCAUCUAGCAAAUGAAUCCACAACUGCGGGCAAAACAGAGAUGUCUCACUGUAGGAUUGCAGCCUUGUUGUUCCCUAAAGGCCAGUCUUGAGCAUGUUCAUAAAUAUUGAGAAGGACAUGCCUAGAGGACAUCCAGAUUACCAUACAUGCAGAAGCAAUAUUUUAGAUGCUGACUUUUCUUGCUAAUGUUGCCUUUCCAUACGUUCAGAAAAUGCAUGUGUACUAGAAUAAGAUGGUUAAUACAAUGCUGCAACAAGUAUGUCUAUAUGCAAAACAGGACACUAAAGAAAUCUAGCUUCCAAUCAUAAAGGAAAGCUCCCAAAUGGUGAUAUGUUGUAGAUUUAGUAUACUAGGGCUUAGGUGUGUGUUUCUUUUUUUCAGAUGUGAAAUUGUUUCCCAAAUUUUGGCAAUAUUCCUUAUAAUCUAGAAUUUGUAUUGGACUUACAAGAGCAUAAACAUUUUGGAAACAGGCCAAUGAAAUUAAUCAUAAAUUUUGCUUAUAUCUCCUGAAAGCAGCAAGAAAAUAGUCUAAUGAAGUAUUUUACAUUUUGGAAUAUUAGGUCAAAAUUUAAAUAUAAUAACUGUACCAGUUUGCUCAUAACAGUGUUCAAUCUCUUAGGCAAUAUUCUGGACAACUCAACAACAAAGAAUUUCAAAAUAAGUAGAUGUUGAGAAAUGUUGAAUCUGUCGCAUUUAUUUUGGCUGGGUUUCUUUUUUAUGUUUGAAAGUCGAUGUGGUUUAAACAAUACAUUGUUCUUCAUUUGUCGGUAUUUUUCUACUUGAUCAUUUAUGAAUUUCCUUUGUAUAACCCCUUCCCUGUACAUAUGUAAACAUAACAAUGUACGAAUCUGGACUGGGGAGUAGAGGUACUAGAAUGCUUAGGGCCAUCUCUUUGUACAGGAACUACAUUGCCUUCCCAUAACAAUGAGGCUGCCACUCCCUCACAAAUUAUAUAUCAUAUUAUCUGAUUUGUAUCUUAAAUUUGAUUUAUAGAUAUUAUUUAUUUCUGGCUACACACCCAGUCUACGCUGUACUAAGUAUCUCUCAAGCCAUGUAUAAAAAUGAUAUGAUUGGCAGUAUUGUCUACUUUAAACUUGCUUUUUAAAAACAUUGUUCAUUUAGUUUAUGUUGCACAAUGUAGAUGGCCUCUUACUAAUGUAAAGUGAUUUCUAGUGGGAACAUUUAUAUUUUUAUAAUAAACAUAAUGAAAAUAUUUUUA